AUGGACCAUGAGCCCCACGAAUCUGACCGGGGCGCACUGGCGGUGUCAGCAUCACCGCAUAAUGAAGAACGCGCCAGAGAUGGACCGAAUAAUACAGAUCGAGAGGUCACCACAAUAUCAUGUUCAUUUCAAGAGCAUUCUAUGGACCAAGAUACUUCACAUCACCGAGGUCCAGCCCUCAUGAACCUAUCUGGCGCGUUAACGAAGCAAGCCCGACAAGUAGAGGCGCACAGUUCUACUCAACAGACCGCGACCAACGAAUCGAGUGAAAUUCAGCUCCAGGUAUCGGCUGUGAAGACUGUACACAGUCUGUUCAACAACCCACCAAACCUAUCGAGGAUUCGCAACCUCUUGUUCGAGUGCAAGGAUCCCAUCGAAAUCAGCCUAGAGGAGGUUGAGAAUUAUUGGCCAUUCAUUGAUAAUGUAUGGGUCAAGCAGAGAUCAAAUGCUAGCAAAGAGGGCCAUUGUACAACGGACUAUUAUAUGUGUCGACUACGACGCCCGACACACCGUCCAUCGGAAACUCGUCCAUUAGCAGAGGGCAAACGACCCAGAAGAAAACGCGUACGAGAAGGAGGAGUAUGUAACGUUCAGAUCAAAGUCGUGAAAUUUGAAGGUGCAUAUUCGACGGUCACUAUUGCCAGAACACCUGGGAGUGCCAGUACCCACUCCCAUGACCUCGACUACAUCGACCGCGUGAAACGUAACUCAGGGCUAAUGGAGUAUGUUCGGGAUGAGGCUGUCAAGGGCUAUCUGCCCUCAUCCAUAUACAUCAAAUUUCAGGAGGAGCCAGAGAUGCUGAAAGAAGCCGGAGGGCGUUUUCUUACUGUGACUGACGUGCGCAAUGUCUGUGCAAAGUGGCGCAUACAGAAUCCAGAGGUCGAGCUUGUUGCACACGACGGCUACGAGUACCAAAAGGGGCAUGGCAUUGUGAAGUCUCAAAGCAUAUAUGCUUCCAAUGAGGCCCUCCAAGCACCAACAAUACUUCCGUCGACAUCCUCUGCCCAGUUGCCCCCCGAUACCCUUUCUUUCCCCCAGUUUUCCCUGGAUUUUCUAGAGCCUUACAUGCCUAAUCACACCGAACGACGCGAGUUUCCUCAUGUCACAUUAUCCUACGCCUCAUCAAUGGACUCCAAAAUCUCUCUUCGAGCCGGAAUGCAAACCGUGCUCUCUGGACCCGAGGCAAAGGUUAUGACACAUUAUUUAAGAUCUCGUCAUGAUGCAAUCCUCAUCGGCGUCGGUACCGUGCUCGCCGACAAUCCAGGCCUGAACUGCCGUCUCGAGGGAGCUGGUGGAUUUGGAGGUCUUGGUAGAAUGUGGCAACCACGCCCGGUCGUUAUUGACCCUACGGGCCGGUGGCCUAUUCAUCCAGACUGUCGAAUGCUACGAACUGCGGUUGAGGGGAAAGGGAAGGCGCCAUGGGUGGUUGUAUCGCCUGGAGCGCAGAUCGAUCCUGAAAGGCUAAUGAUGCUCAAAGGAUAUGGAGGUGAUUUUCUUCGCAUUGUGGAAUAUAACCAGCACUGGCGGUUACGUUGGGAAGCCGUUCUCCGUGCUCUUGCCUCUGAGGGUAUCAAGAGUAUUAUGAUUGAAGGAGGAGGAACAGUCCUGAGUGAACUCCUCAAUCCGGAGUAUUCUAGCUUUAUUGACUCUAUCAUCGUGACGGUGGCACCUACGUAUCUGGGUCGUGGUGGUGUGGGUGUGUCCCCUGAAUCAAAAAUCGACAAUGACGGUUCUCCCAAUGCCGCUUUGAAUCCAAGAGAUAUCACGUGGGUCCCAUUAGGGCAAAACGUACGUAUCUCAAGCUUUUUGGCACUUAUGAGCAGGAUUUUACUUACGAUUUCUUUUUAA